AUGAGACGUCACUCGCCGAGGAUCACGUGGCGGUGUCUUGGCGUGGACUUGAGUUGGAUUCUGGACCGGUGUGCGUAUCGAUCCUCUAAUCACGGCGUCAUCGCUACCUCGAGGACUGACACAUUCCCACCAACCAUAUCGCUUUUCCCAUCAUAUAAUCCUGGGGGUACCGCGGUGCGAGGUCGCCCCCGACCCGGAAACAGGGACCACCACGUCAGAAGAAACCCAACACCCACCGCACUAUACACAAAACAUCGCUCGCCCGGCGGUGCCCGUUGGCUUCGAUAUGGCCAGCUCGAAUAUGAUGCUUUCAGCAGAGUAAUCGAUUGGCAUGAGCAGUACACUUUCCGAGCGACGCUAUCCACGUAUUUCGUAGCGUGCGGUGUAUUCAACCCUCCAACAAUAAACACACCCGAAGCCAGAAAACACCGGAUUGAGGCUUUGGAAGGGCUUCAAAUCUUAUUUGGGCGUUGGGCCGGUAUGAUAAUCCAUUGA